AUAACAUCGCCAGCAUUCCUGCUGAAAACUCUUGCUUGAUAAAAUGGCAUUAAAAGUGUUGUUGCUGUUGACCGUAACGAUUUUGCUAUUCCAAUCGGUUCGCUCUCAAAUUGGUUUUGCUACGUUAAAUGGAGGUACGAAUGGCGGAGCAGGUGGCCCUACAGUAACUGUGUCUACGGAAGCUGACUUACUAGCUGCUGUACAGGGAAAUGACAGACGCAUCAUACGGAUAACAGCUAAUAUUCGAGUCGCUGGCCGUGUUCGUGUUGGAUCGAAUAAGUCCAUUUUGGGAGCUACUGCCAAUGCAGGAAUAACCAAUGGCGGUUUAUUUAUAGUCGACGCAGAGAAUGUUAUUGUCAGAGGUCUCUUCUUAUCGUUUCCCGUUGAUCCAUUCGAUUGUAUCGAAAUACAGAGAUCGUCUCGAGUUUGGGUCGAUCACAACGAACUGUUUUCCAAUAGGAAUAAUGGCAGAGACUUUUAUGACGGUCUUUUCGACAUCAAUCACGGAUCCGAUCUGAUCACAGCCUCAUGGAAUCAUUUCCACACUCACUACAAAGUCAGUCUGAUUGGUAAUUCCGAUGACAAUGGAUCGGUGGACAGUGGUCGAUUACGUGUAUCCUUCCAUCAUAAUCGGUUCCGCAAUCUUAACUCGCGCGUUCCAUCACUUCGUUUCGGUACCGCUCACCUUUGGAACAAUCUGUUCGAAGACAUCGAUUCGUCAACAAUAAACAGCCGAAUGGGAGCCCAAGUUCUCGUCGAAAAUAAUAUUUUCAUCAACGUACGUCGCACGAUCAUCACCAAUUUGGACAGUCGAGAAGAUGGAUUUGCCAAUGAACGGAAUAACGAUUGGGGAGUGGCGCAUACGUUACGGGGUCCGUUUAUCACACGAACCGGAACGUUCACAAGUGCACCGUACUCCUAUCAACUUGAUAAUGGAUUGGGUGCGAAUGGAAACAUUGCUACGAUUGUACGUAAUGGGGCAGGUAAACGAAAUUUCUGAGUGAUGAACGAGACUGUCAAUGAGAUUUUCGUGGAAUGAAGUGGCGAGUAUUGUGUAAACCUUU